AUGGCCAAAUGCAUCGCACUUACAAAACCAAUCUGUUUUACAGAAGAAGAUAUGCCACGAUUACGAAUACAACAACACCAAGAAAUAAUGACAAACUUAAUACAAUCCAUCACACAGCCACUCAGAACGACACCACUCAGCCCAUCAUUCAACAAAAAACCACCCACAACUUCAAUCAUCACCGAACAAACAAUCACCACCACAUUAAUGGACACAACACAAAUACAGCAACACCAAGAAACAAUAUCAAACUCGACACAAUCCAUCACACAGCCACUCAAAACGACACCACUCAACCCAUCAUUCAAGAAAAAACCAUCUACAACUUCAACUAUUAGCGAACAAACAAUCACCACCACUACAAUAGACACAACAACCACCACAACAACAGACACCAAUCAAGGAACACCCACCACAACCACCACCACAUAUGAGCCGCAUAGCCAGACCUCGCCCACAGCCACGGACAUGACACCACCAACAACGAUACCACACCCAGUCAAUACCACAGAUGUCAAAAUAAGAAACAAACUACGUAAGUAA